CUUCUCCUUCUCUUCUCCACAGCAGCCAAGCAGUUCAGCAGUUGGUGGUAGGUGCGCCCCACGAGCGCCUCGCCUCGGCUUGCCCUCCCCCCAUCUCUGCCCUCCCCGGGCCAGUCCCUCCGCCGGAAGGGGGUAGCUAGCUAGAGAGGAUGGCGCUGGAGGCGGCGAGGUCGUGGGCGGCGUCCGUGCUCCCGCCGGAGCUCGCCGCCGCCGCGGGGGGCGACCCGCUCGUCGCGCUCGCGGCCACGGCCGCCGCCCUCGUGGCCGGGCUGCUCGUCCUGGCCGUGUGGUUCCGAUCCGGCGGCGGCGCGCCGUCCAAGCCGGCCGCCACGCCUCUCCGCCCGCCGCCGGUCAAGGUCGACGCCGACGCCGACGCCGACGACGGCCGCAAGCGCGUCACCAUCUUCUUCGGCACGCAGACCGGCACCGCCGAGGGCUUCGCCAAGGCUAUGGCCGAGGAGGCCAAGGUCCGGUAUGAGAAGACGGUGUUCAAAGUGGUGGAUCUGGAUGACUAUGCUGCGGAGGACGACGAGUACGAGGAGAAACUGAAGAAGGAAACACUCGUGCUGUUCUUCUUAGCAACCUAUGGGGAUGGGGAGCCCACUGAUAAUGCAGCAAGAUUCUACAAAUGGUUCACCGAGGGGAAGGAGAAGGAAGUUUGGCUGAAGGAUUUUAAGUAUGCUGUAUUUGGUCUUGGGAACAGGCAAUAUGAGCAUUUUAAUAAGGUUGCAAAGGUGGUGGACGAGCUGCUGGAGGAGCAGGGUGGCAAGCGUCUUGUUCCUUGUGGCCUUGGUGAUGAUGAUCAAUGCAUUGAGGAUGACUUCACCGCUUGGAAAGAACAAGUAUGGCCAGAACUUGACCAACUGCUUCGCGAUGACGAUGAUACUACUGGUGCAUCAACUCCGUACACUGCUGCUAUACCUGAAUACAGAGUUGUAUUUAUCGAUAAAUCAGAUUUAGUGGUUGAAGAUAAAUCCUGGACUCUUGCCAAUGGUAACGGCGUUAUUGAUAUCCAUCACCCUUGCAGGUCUAAUGUUGCUGUUCGAAAGGAACUACAUAAACCAGCUUCUGACCGCUCCUGUAUUCAUCUGGAAUUUGAUAUUUCAGGCACUGGUCUUGUAUAUGAAACUGGAGAUCAUGUUGGUGUGUAUUCAGAAAAUUCCGUCGAUACCGUGGAGCAGGCUGAAAGGCUUCUUGGUCUUUCCCCAGACACAGUUUUCUCCAUACAUGCAGAUGCAGAAGAUGGAUCUCCUCGUAAAGGGGGUUCCUUGGCCCCACCCUUCCCAUCUCCGUGCACCUUACGAACUGCACUUUUACGUUACGCUGAUCUACUCAAUUCACCGAAGAAGGCUGCCCUGGUUGCUUUAGCUUCUCAUGCUUCUGACCCGACUGAAGCUGAACGACUGAGAUUUUUGGCCUCUCCUGCUGGAAAGGAUGAGUAUUCUCAGUGGAUAGUAGCUAGCCAGAGGAGCCUUCUUGAAGUCAUGGCUGCAUUUCCAUCUGCUAAGCCUCCCUUGGGAGUGUUCUUUGCAGCAGUAGCUCCUCGGCUACAACCCCGAUACUACUCCAUAUCAUCGUCUCCAAAGAUGGCUCCCUCCAGAAUUCAUGUGACGUGUGCAUUAGUUUAUGGACCUACACCAACGGAAAGGAUUCACCAAGGAGUUUGCUCAACAUGGAUGAAGAACACACUUCCAUUGGAAUAUAGCGAAGAAUGCAGCUGGGCACCAAUUUUUGUGAGGCAGUCAAAUUUUAAGUUACCUGCAGAUCCAUCCACUCCGGUUAUCAUGAUUGGUCCUGGGACUGGGCUAGCACCUUUUAGGGGCUUCUUGCAGGAAAGGUUAGCUCUAAAAGAAUCUGGAGUUGGAUUGGGUACUUCAAUCCUCUUCUUUGGAUGCAGGAACCGUAAUAUGGACUACAUAUAUGAAGAUGAGUUGCAAAAUUUCCUUCAGGAGGGGGCGCUUUCUGAGCUAGUUGUCGCCUACUCUCGUGAAGGACCAACCAAAGAAUAUGUGCAGCAUAAGAUGGUGGAGAAGGCCACAGAGAUCUGGAACAUCAUCUCUCAGGGUGGUUAUGUAUAUGUUUGUGGUGACGCUAAGGGCAUGGCGCGAGACGUACACAGAGUUCUUCACACAAUAGUUCAAGAGCAGGGAUCUUUGGAUAACUCCAAAACCGAGAGCUAUGUAAAGAGCCUACAGAUGGAAGGCAGGUACCUCCGUGAUGUAUGGUAAAUACCAUCUCACAUUAUUAGCUCUAGCGUGUAGAAGUAAAGAUGUGUUACCUGUAUGACAUGGUGGACGCCAACCCAGUCGCGAGUUUUCAGAAUGAAGCGUCCCAUUGCCUAGAAAUUGGAGUUAAUCGGUGUAAUUCUUUGACAUCUAACAUGGUUACCGAUAUUUAUUAUAUGUGGAUGGUUGAAAGAAUAAGAGCUGUUGUAGAUUGAUAGUACUCGAAUAUCCCCGAGAAAUUUGUAGCAAGGGGAUAAAUCAUACAGUUUGAGACGAGGAUAUCAUGUAUACUUUAAAUACUGCCAAAACAAAUUUUGCAUCUGGUUUAUAAAACAAGUGCUUGUCUAUUA